GAUCGCGUUGCGCCUCGCGAGAGAAAGUGAGAACGUAAAAGCUAGCGAGCGCGCUAGCCGAUUUUGUUCACCCGUUUGAGACUAAUCCCGUUUUAUUAUGGCCACAAUGUCCGUGGGAACAAACCUUGGGAUUCCCGGGACAAGCCAAGCCAGCACCGGAACACCCACACCCCGGAAAAAAGACAGCAGUCCGUCCGCUAGGUUCUGGGAGAGCCCGGAUACUUUAGCCCAACUGGAGGUGGUGCGACAGUGGAUCGGGAAACAUUACAAAAAGUAUGUGCAGGUGGAUGCCCCGUCGUGUCAGGUUCUGGCUUCAGUGACCCUGCAGCUUCUCCAGUUCCAAGAGGAUGCAUUUGGCAGGCAAGCUGCCAGUCCUGCUCUCACCAAGCUACCCGCACAGUGCUUCCUGGAUCUGCGGCCAGGGGGUGGACUCUGCCACAUUCUUGGGACUGCCUACAAGUUCAAGGCUGAGCAAGGCUGGCGGAGGUUUGACCUGCAGAACCCAUCAAGAAUUGACAGGAAUGUAGAGAUGUUUGGUAGUAUUGAAAGAGCGCUGAUCCAGAACAAUUGUAUGUCACUGCCUGUGGUAUAUGUGGACGCCACACUAGAUCAGGAACUGGCUGGAAGACUUACUGCUAUUAUCGCAAAACACCAGGGUACGCUCACUGAGGAUCGAGCACUCGCCAGUCACCAUGUUUACCCUUCGCCUGCUUCUUCAGAGGAAGAUGAAUGGAUGCGUCCAGUCAUGCGGAAAGACAAACAUACCCUGGUACACUGGGGCAUGCACCCUGACAGUUAUGACAGUUGGCUGUCCUCAAGUGAUGUGGAAGGAGAGGUUGAAGAGCCACCACAUUCAGAAAAGCCAUGGCGGGUCCACGCUGGCUGGGUUCUGGAUACAGAUGCUUUCAACGAGUGGAUGAACGAGGAAGACUAUUGUGUUGAUGAGAGGAAUGUACCGGUCAUUCUCCGUCAGCGUAUUCACCUCCGAGACGAGCAGGACUCCAGAUCCACCCCCUCCAAAAAGAGAAGACGUUCCCCCUCUCCUUCCUUUGAGGGCAGGAAGAAAGGAAAGAAGGGGAGAAGACGUGGACAACAAGAAGAAGAGCCCGAGGAGGACUUAACCAAAGACAUGGAGGACCCUACGCCCGUUCCUAACAUGGAGGAAGUCGUACUACCCAAGAUAGUCAACUUAAAGAAGGACAGUGAGAAUACUCCUGUCAAAGGAGGAAUCAUGGCUGAUCUGGAUGAACAGGAGGAUGAUUUCCCAGGAAGGGAAGAUGAGGAGGGGAGAGGGGAGAUAUCUCGCUUCUCUGAGGGAGAGGACAACGUCACAGAGCAAACCCAUCAUAUCAUAAUACCAAGCUACACAUCUUGGUUCAACUACAACAGCAUUCACUCAAUAGAGAAACGUGCAUUACCAGAAUUCUUCAAUGGAAAGAACAAGUCCAAAUCUCCAGAAAUUUACCUGGCGUACCGUAACUUCAUGAUUGACACAUACCGACUCAACCCCCAAGAAUACCUCAGUUCAACUACCUGCAGGCGAAACCUCACUGGAGAUGUCUGUGCUGUUAUGAGGGUUCAUGCGUUUUUGGAGCAGUGGGGUUUGAUUAACUACCAGGUGGAUGCAGAGAGCAGACCCCUCCCCAUGGGACCCCCACCCACCCCUCAUUUCAACGUACUAACUGACACACCGUCUGGGCUGGCCCCCCUACAACACAAACCACUGCAGGUGUCGGCCUCGCAGCACAUGUUGUUUUUCCCAGAGAAGAGCAGAGAGAAGCCUUCAGACUGCCAGAAUUUUGGCCUGCGCACAGACAUCUACACCAAGAAACACCCUAAGACUAAAGGAGCGAGUGCAGGAAGGGAAUGGACAGAGCAGGAGACCCUCUUGUUGUUAGAGGCCUUAGAGGUCUACAGAGAUGACUGGAACAAAGUAUCCGAACACGUGGGCUCCAGAACGCAAGACGAGUGUAUCCUCCACUUUCUUCGACUGCCUAUAGAAGACCCUUACCUAGAAGACUCCUCGGCCUCCCUCGGCCCACUGGCAUACCAGCCUGUGCCUUUCAGCCAAUCAGAAAAUCCCGUAAUGAGCACUGUGGCCUUCCUGGCAUCUGUAGUGGAUCCACGGGUGGCGUCAUCUGCAGCUAAGGCCGCACUGGAGGAGUUUUCCCGAGUGCAGGAGGAGUCAGUGGAUAAGAUCUCUGAAAUGUCCAACCAUCCAGAUAAAACAGAAUCGAUGGAUGCAGACAAAAUGGAGACCAACUCCACCUCCCAUCAGAUCCAUUUAAGGGCAGAUGGGCUCAAGGUGGAACCCAGUGCCAAAGUGGAGGGAGAACGAGUCAAAAGGGAAAAUGCUGAGAAUAUACUUGCAGAGGAUAGAGAUGGAAGAGGAGAUGACGAUGAGAGCCUAGGGCGGCGGGAGGGCGACGGGGAUGAGAGGAGAGUGAUGGAGCAGGAAAUGGUGGAGGGCAGUGUCACCACGGCGGCAGCAGCUGCUCUGGCCUCAGCUGCCACAAAGGCCAAGCACUUGGCGGCAGUAGAAGAGAGGAAGAUAAAGUCCCUGGUGGCUCUGCUGGUGGAGACCCAGAUGAAGAAGCUGGAGAUAAAACUGAGGCACUUUGAAGAGCUGGAGACCAUCAUGGAUCGUGAGAAGGAGGCGUUAGAGCAGCAGCGGCAGCAGCUCCUGUCAGAGAGACAGACGUUCCACACAGAGCAGCUGAAGCAGGCAGAGAUGAAGGUUCGCCAGCAGAGGGAGCAGCAGGGGCAGCAGGGAUACACGGUGCCGCAUUCAGGCCAGGGUAUACCAAACCGAAUGAUACCUGGCGGAGGAAAUUCCCAGGCGAUGGCCCCUCGACACCCUGGAGCUCCUAAUGGCAUGUAUCCGUCCUCGCAGCCUGAUGGGAUAGCACCAGCUCAGCCAGGUCCUCCAGCGCCCAGUCACAGCUGAAGGGACCGCAGAACAAGACACACACACGCACACACACACACACACACACACACACAUCAGUCCUUCAACCAGAACACACAUGGAAAAUGUAACACUGGCGUAAUUGUUCAGGAACACCAGUUUAAAAAUUUACUGAAAGACACACAAGCACACAGACACAGUUGAUGUGCAUUUGGUCAACGGCUCAGUUUGUCUUAUCUGUGAAAUAUUUGUGCUUUGAUGUCAGAGUUGAGAAUUCAACUCAUUAAAGAUGUUUUACAUGAAACUGAAA